CAGCCCAUAGCAAGGUGGUAUUUUCCCCAAGAAGUUGAUUUCAGACUUGAGCACCUGCCCCCUGAUGCCAAAGGACUUGCGGUUUGGAUAAUUGAAGCCAAAGUGUGUGAUAGUGACAUCAUCGAAAUGCUUUCCACCACUGUAUCAAACCCGGAAGAAGCUUUGCAAAGCCUAUCUGUAAGACACAAAGUUGCUUGA